UUCAUUCACUCUCAUCACACACACUGCUAUUCUUCUUCUCUCUACUUUUCUCAAUUCUCUCUCUCAUCGAUCGACGAUUCGACGCAUUCUUUCUCGCUGAAACCCUAAACCCUAAUUUCAAUUUUUGUUCAACAUUAUUUUCUUUAUUCUUCUUCAUUUAUACCAUUUCUAUUUUAGUUCAACAUUAAUUUUCUUUUUCUGUGCAGAUUAUGGAAUCGCGACACCCUCUCCGCCGUAGAAACCAAGAGAAUUUCGAUAGAUUCAUACCAUGUAGAUCAGCUAUGGAUUUCGGCUACGCCAUCACCAUGGUAACAAUGAAGAACAGCGAGCGUAAUAGAAAAGAGAAUUCAUCUGAGUAUAGUGUACUUUACCGCCAAAAACUCGCUCAAGCCGCUGAUCUUCCUUCGCGCAUUCUCGCAUUUCGCAACAAACCACUAAAACCUAUACAAUCUCCUUCCUCUCCUCAACCCAAACCCUCAAAACCACCUAGACACAUUCCUCAGACUUCGGAGAGAAAAUUGCAUGCGCCAGAUAUUUUGGACGAUUUCUGUUUGAAUUUAUUAGAUUGGGGUUGCAGCAAUGUCCUUAGUAUUGCCCUUGAAAAUGAUGUUUAUCUUUGGAAUGCUUCAAAUAAAUCCACUGCAGAACUUGUUAGUGUGGAUGAGGAAGAUGGUCCCGUCACAAGUGUUAGCUGGUGUCCUGAUGGAAGUAGAUUAGCCAUUGGUUUGGAUAGUUCGCUUGUCCAAGUGUGGGAUACCAUUGCUAAUAAACAGCUAACCACAUUAAAGAGUGGACACAGAGCCGGAGUGAGUUCACUGGCUUGGAACAACAGUCAUAUUCUCACAACAGGAGGAAUGAACGGUAAAAUAGUAAAUAAUGACGUUAGAGUGAGAUCUCACAUCAAUUCGUACAGGGGACACACUGAUGAGGUUUGCGGCCUCAAGUGGUCGCUUGAUGGAAAAAAAUUGGCGAGUGGUGGAAGUGAUAAUGUUGUUCACAUAUGGGAUAGGUCUGCGGUUUCUUCAAGUUCACGGACUACCCGUUGGCUUCAUAAGUUUGAGGAACACACAGCUGCUGUCAAGGCGCUGGCGUGGUGUCCGUUUCAGAGUGAUUUGUUAGCUUCUGGUGGAGGUGAAGGUGAUCAAUGUAUUAAGCUGUGGAACAUGCGCACGGGUGCACGCUUGGAUUCUGUUGACACGGGAUCAGAGGUAUGCGCUUUGCUCUGGAACAAAAACGAGCGCGAGCUUCUUAGCUCACAUGGUUUGACUAAGAACCAAAUUACCCUUUGGAAGUAUCCUUCCAUGGUGAAGAUGGCUGAGCUUAACGGUCACACCUCAAGGGUGUUGUACAUGACACAGAGUCCAGAUGGGUGUACCGUGGCAACUGCAGCUGCGGAUGAGACUCUGAGAUUUUGGAAUGUCUUUGGAACCCCAAAAGCAACACCAAAGACAAAUCAUGAGCCCUUUGCUAAUUUCAACCGUAUCCGUUGAAGAUGAUGAUUGAUGCAAAAGACCAAGAUUUAUUGUUCUGCUCCAGCCGAGAAAAUUCAGUUUUCCUCUAGAACUACCAUCCUAAGCGAACUUGCAACCAACUUGUUGUUUGUGACUUUGUGUUAACCUAAUUUUGAAAACAACUUGUUAUUUCUCUAAGGUUAAACUUGCUCCUGACCUGACAUUUUCUGCUUUUACAAUGUAAAGUUUUUCUGCUUGACGAGAAGUCGGAUCAAUCGAGAUUGGUACUGGUGGACACCUUUUAACGGGAAAAUGGUUGGAGGAACCCAUGGUGGCAGCAUACGCUUGAUUCAUACAUCCAUUUCAGUCUCAUAUCAAUCUCUCUUUCUCUCUCUCUCUCUUUGGUUAAGAAGUGAUAUUCAUCACGGUUGCUUUCAGCUCAAGAAAGGGACCCUUAAUCUUAAGUUCAAAAGCCAUAGUUGGUGCAGCUUCAUGGUAUUGUGCUAUUCAUAUUGCAUUUCUAACCAUAUUAUAGAUCAACCACCUGUUGUCCGAAUGACCUUGUUGCAACGAAAUCUACGUGGUAUGUGAAGGUGAGAUGCUUAGCACAAAUAGUGAUAAGUGCGACGGCCCUUUUAUUGUUAAGAAUAAUCCUCAUAUACACGACCCUGAUGAUGUCUUCCCUGGCCUUGUUAUCAACCCUAUCCAUUGAAGUUGAAGAGUUGUGUAACUGGUGCGAACCGAGUUGCAGUAUCUAAAUGAUAAUCCCACCCUUCGGUUUUCUUGGUGGUCCUUACCCUUUGGUUUUUUUGGUAGUCCUACCCUACCCUUAGCUUUGUAUUAGAUAGAAAUUGUUUUUAAUGGUAUCCCUAUCCCCGUUCUAGUUUUUAUAGGUACACAAAUGUAUAAAUAUACUUUUUUUUUUUAAUGGGAAGAUACUUACAUUUAUACACUAAGCAAAUGUAUACAUAUAAAUGUUCAUACACACAUGACUUGGAAUUAAUAGAUAUAAUUUGAUUUUUUAUUUUUCA